GUUUGUUUUAUAUAAAAAGAUAAUAAUUGUUUCAUUUGAAUGUCAGUCGACGACUGUUGGUUAGCACGGUAGCAUAUCGUAGAAUGAAAAAUUUAACUUGCAACAUGUUCGCCGUUUUAGCCGUUGCUGCUGUCCUAGUGAACUUCUGCCUGGCCGCGCCCUCGCCCGCCGAUAUCCAAAAUGACAAUUAUUAUGCUCCUUCUUCGAUUAAACCACCCGUGAAGUUCCUCCAAAACGAUCAUGUCAGCGACGAAGCGGGACAAUUCUCGUUGUUGUACCAGACCGCCGACGGUAUCAGACAAGCGAAACAAGGAGCUUUAGUAGCCAACGACGAGGGAAACGGCUACGUGUUGGAACAAAAGGGCACUUACUCGUUCUACACUCCGGACGGCGUUGAAGUGAAAAUGACCUACACUGCCGGCAAAGACGGUUUCAAAGUGCAAGGAUACCCGUUGCCAGUGCCUCAAGUGGCUUAAGUUUAGAUGGCAGCCUGCGAUCGUAGCACAUCCUUAUUUGUUAUGGAUUUUGUUUGUCGCAUUAAAAUAA